CUUUGCUUCCAAACAAAACCUAAUAAAUCGUCAUUUCCUCCCUCUCAUCCCUCUCCACCAACCCCACCCACACUCCCAGCUCGUUACUAUUAGAACUGGAGGCUCGGGGUGCUCAGCUGAGCAAGCACACUCACAUUGUCACACGCAUCUCCUUCCCCUCCAUCUCCUCCGUCUCCAUGAGUAGCAACCUCACGCGUUGCGCGUUGCCAUAUCCCUAUCAAGCCUAGCUAGAUCUCCCAUCUUGACAAGAUCAAGAGCAAGAAGUGUUUGCUUGUUUAGCCUGUGUGGUGGCGAUGGAGCUGGUGACGAUGCUGACGCUGACGCUGCUGGCGUACUCGGCGGCGAUGCUGGCGCGGCUGCUGGUGGCGCGGGCGCGGCGGCGGCGUUGCUACCUGCUGGACUACGUGUGCUACAAGGCGACGGACGACCGCAAGCUGCCGACGGACCUGUGCGGCGAGAUCAUCCAGCGGAACAAGCUGCUGGGGCUGGAGGAGUACAAGUUCCUGCUCAAGGUCAUCGUCAACUCCGGCAUCGGCGAGGAGACGUACGGCCCGCGCAACAUGAUCGAGGGCGGGGAGGCCCGCCCCGACCGCCUCCGCGAGGGCAUGGACGAGAUGGACGAGACCUUCCACGCCGUGCUCGACGAGCUCUUCGCCAGGUCCGCGGCGCCGGGGGGAGUCGGCAUACGCCCCGCCGACGUCGACGUGCUCGUCGUCAACGUGUCCAUGUUCUCGCCGGCGCCGUCGCUUUCGGCGCGCGUCGUGAACCGCUACGGCCUCCGAGAGGACGUCAAGGUGUACAACCUCACCGGCAUGGGGUGCAGCGCCACGCUCAUCGCGCUCGACCUCGUCAAAAACUUCUUCAGGACGCAGGCGGGAAAGGUGGCGCUGGUGAUGACGUCGGAGUCAAUCGCGCCCAACUGGUACGCCGGCAACAAGCGGUCCUUCAUGCUGGGCAACUGCCUCUUCCGCUCCGGUGGCUGCGCCUACUUCCUCACCAACGACCCGCGCCUCCGCCAGCACGCCAAGCUCCGCCUCUGCCACCUCGUGCGCACCCACACCGGCGGCUCUGACGAGGCCUACAACUGCGCGCUCCAGAUGGAGGACGACGCCGGCAGGCCCGGGUUCCACCUCGGCAAGGAGCUCCCGCGCGCCGCCGUGCACGCCUUCAUCCACAACCUCCGCGUCCUGGCGCCCCGCGUGCUCCCGCUCCCGGAGCUCCUCCGCCUCGCCUGCGCCACGUUCUCCGCGCGCCUCGCGCGCAAGAAGGCGCAGCGCGGCUCCAACCACCUCACCAUCCGGAUGAAGGCCGGCGUGGACCACUUCUGCGUCCACACGGGGGGCGCCGCCGUCAUCGACGGCGUCGGCAAGGGGCUCACCCUCACCGAGCACGACCUGGAGCCCUCCCGCAUGACGCUGCACCGCUUCGGCAACACCUCCGCCAGCAGCGUCUGGUACGUGCUCGGGUACAUGGAGGCCAAGGGCCGGCUCCGCAAGGGCGACCGCGUGCUCAUGCUCACCUUCGGCGCCGGGUUCAAGUGCAACAGCUGCAUCUGGACCGUCGAGAAGCCAGCCGCCGACGCCGGCGUCUGGAAGGACUGCAUCGAGCAGUACCCGCCCAAGGACGUCACCAACCCCUUCAUGGAGAAGUACGGCUUCGUCAAGGACAUGAUGAACUUGUGAUCUCAUUCUCAUCCAUCCAUGCAUGCACUACUCCACACAUAGAUAUCGAUUCUUCAACAGGUUCAAGGAUCGAAGCUUGCACCAUGCCUGCAUGGAUCAAACUUACUUCAAGACAGGGUGUCCAUAAACAGAUGGAUUACCGGUAAAUGUUAUUACUCUGUUGAUUAGUUAAGUUGAACACAAGAACUUAAGGAGAAGAAGCAAAUUAAGCUAAGGAUUCAUAGGUAUAUAUAGCUUAUGAUUCUUUUGAAGGUGAUGGGAAGGAAGAGAACUUUCGUAGCUGUGGGCGAGAGCCUGUGGAUUGUAGGGGAUAUGGCUUUUUUUCGUUGUCUUUUUGGGUAUCCUUGUACGUCGUGGUCGGUGUCAUGUUGUUGUUGUUUACUACGAUGAUGAUGGACUAAAGAGCAGAUUAUUUUGUUAA